AUUACUGGGCAGGCUCAGUCUUUUGCCUCAGACGCUAGCUGUAGCUGGCAGUCGGUCGUACGUGCUCCAGUGUCUUCGGUGCCCGUCGCCGCCGUCGAGUUCGCGUGGGUUCUCCGAGGCUCCUCCGAGCUGCGCACUUGGCCACCUGCGCCGUCGUCACAGCCCGCCACCAUGGUGAAACUCGCAAAGGCCGGCAAAACCCACGGAGAUUCUAAGAAAAUGGCUCCUCCUCCAAAGGAGGUGGAAGAAGAUAGUGAAGAUGAAGAAAUGUCAGAAGAUGAAGAAGAUGACAGCAGUGGAGAAGAGGUUGUCAUCCCUCAGAAAAAAGGAAAGAAGGCUACCACAACUCCAGCAAAGAAGGUGGUUGUUUCACAAACAAAAAAAGUUGCAGUUCCCACACCAGCUAAGAAAGCAGCUGUUACCCCAGGUAAAAAGGCAGCCGCCACACCAGCCAAGAAGGCAGUUACACCAGCCAAAGCACUUCCAACACCUGGAAAGAAGGGAGCCACACCAGCGAAAGCAUUGGUAGCAACCCCUGGUAAGAAGGGAGCUGUCACUCCUGCCAAGGGGGCUAAGAAUGGUAAGAAUGCCAAGAAGGAAGACAGUGACGAGGAUGAAGACGAUGACGAUGAUGAGGAUGAAGAUGACAGUGAUGAGGAGGAAGAAGAGGAGGAAGAGGAGGAAUUUGAACCACCAGUAGUGAAGGGAGGAAAACAAGCAAAAGUAGCUGCUGCUGCUCCUGCUUCAGAGGAUGAGGAUGAGGAAGAUGAUGAAGAGGAGGAAGAUGAUGAAGAGGAGGAAGAUGACUCUGAAGAAGAAGCUAUGGAGAUUACACCUGCCAAAGGAAAGAAGGCUCCUGCAAAAGUUGUUCCUGUGAAAGCCAAGAAUGUGGCUGAAGAGGAGGAUGAUGAUGAGGAAGAGGAGGAUGAUGAGGAGGAAGAGGAGGAAGAAGAUGAGGAAGAGGAAGAAGACGAGGAAGAGGAGGAAGAGGAAGAGCCUGUUAAAGCAGCACCUGGAAAACGGAAGAAGGAAAUGACCAAACAGAAAGAAGUUCCUGAAGCCAAGAAACAGAAAGUGGAAGGUUCAGAAUCAACUACACCUUUUAAUCUGUUCAUUGGAAACCUUAAUCCAAACAAGUCUGUUGCUGAAUUAAAAGUUGCCAUCAGUGAACUUUUUGCUAAACAUGAUCUUGCUGUUGUGGAUGUCAGAACUGGUACAAAUAGGAAAUUUGGUUAUGUGGACUUUGAGUCUGCUGAAGAUCAAGAGAAGGCCUUGGAGCUCACUGGCUUAAAAGUGUUUGGCAAUGAAAUUAAACUAGAAAAACCAAAAGGAAGAGAUAGUAAAAAAGUUCGAGCUGCAAGAACACUUUUAGCAAAAAAUCUUUCUUUUAACAUCACUGAGGAUGAAUUAAAAGAAGUGUUUGAAGAUGCCUUGGAGAUCAGAUUGGUUAGCCAGGAUGGGAAGAGUAAAGGGAUUGCUUAUAUUGAAUUUAAGUCCGAAGCUGAUGCAGAGAAAAACUUGGAAGAAAAGCAGGGAGCAGAAAUUGAUGGGCGAUCUGUUUCACUCUACUACACAGGGGAGAAAGGACAAAGGCAAGAAAGAACUGGAAAGAAUAGCACUUGGAGUGGUGAAUCAAAAACUUUGGUUUUAAGUAACCUUUCCUACAGUGCAACAGAAGAAACUCUUCAGGAAGUGUUUGAGAAAGCAACUUUUAUCAAAGUGCCCCAGAACCAACAGGGCAAAUCUAAAGGGUAUGCAUUUAUAGAAUUUGCUUCAUUUGAAGAUGCUAAAGAAGCUUUAAACUCCUGUAAUAAAAUGGAAAUUGAGGGCAGAACAAUCAGGCUGGAGUUACAAGGACCCAGGGGAUCGCCUAAUGCAAGAAGUCAGCCAUCCAAAACACUGUUUGUCAAGGGUCUGUCUGAGGAUACCACUGAAGAAACCUUAAAAGAAUCAUUUGAGGGCUCUGUUCGUGCAAGAAUAGUCACUGAUCGGGAAACUGGUUCCUCUAAAGGGUUUGGUUUUGUAGACUUCAAUAGUGAGGAAGAUGCCAAAGCUGCCAAGGAGGCCAUGGAAGAUGGAGAGAUUGAUGGGAACAAAGUUACUUUGGACUGGGCCAAACCUAAGGGUGAAGGUGGCUUCGGUGGCCGAGGUGGAGGCAGAGGAGGUUUUGGGGGCCGAGGUGGUGGCAGAGGAGGAGGAAGAGGCGGAUUUGGCGGCAGAGGCCGGGGAGGCUUUGGAGGUCGAGGGGGCUUCCGAGGUGGCCGAGGAGGAGGAGGAGGAGACUUCAAGCCACAAGGAAAGAAGACGAAGUUUGAAUAAUUCCUUCCCAGUCUUUCCCACUUCAUUUUAAAGAAAGGACUCUGGGGUUUUACACUGUUACCUGUUAAAUGACAGAGCCUUUUAAGGACAUUUCAAGAGAUUUUUUUUCCUACAAAUAGUUUUGGGGUUUUUUUUUUUUUGCGUUGGGGGUUGUAAAAGAAUGUUUAUCAUGUUUUUUGCUUCAGUGACUUUAGGACAAAUUAAUUAAAAGUCCUAAACUCUG